AACAGCAGUGAAAAAUGGCGGGCCGCAAGGUUUUGUAUUUAUUUGAUGUCGACGGCACGUUGACGAAACCUCGACAAGUUAUUACGCAGGAAUUUAAGUGCUUUUUAUUGCAAAAGGUAAAACCCUUAGUGGCGAUCGGGUUGGUCAGUGGCUCGGAUUAUACCAAGAUUGCUGAGCAGAUGGCUGGAGAGGAUGUGGCAGCCAAGUUUGAUUAUGUUUUUUGUGAAAAUGGUCUGAUGCAGUAUAGGGAUGGGCGGCUGCUGAGCUCCGAAAGCAUUCUCAAUCACAUGGGAGAGAGUUCAUUGCAAAAAGUAAUAAACUUUGCUCUAGGGUAUAUGUCCAAGUUGGAUCUGCCUGCUAAGAGAGGGAACUUUGUUGAGUUUCGCUCCAGCAUGAUCAACCUGUGCCCGGUGGGGCGAUCCUGCAACCAGGCGGAGAGGGACCAGUUUGUACAGUUUGACUUAGUUCACAAAGUCAGGGAAAAAUUUGUUGAAGCACUACAACAAGAGUUUGCUAACUGUAACUUGACUUUUGCUUUAGGAGGACAAAUCAGUGUGGAUGUAUUUCCUACUGGCUGGGAUAAAACUUAUUGCUUGAACCACGUUGCAUCUGACAAUUAUGAUGAAAUUCAUUUCUUUGGUGAUAAAACAUCCCCUGGUGGAAAUGACUAUGAAAUCUACACAGACCACAGAACUAUGGGACAUACUGUUACAUCCCCAGAAGACACACAGCAACAGUUGAUGAAGUGCCUUAACAUUGUAUAGUUUACACUAGUGCUUUAUUUUGUAUUGUAUAGUUUUUAUAAUAAUUUAUUGCAUAAAUUGUAAAAAAGACUAAUAGAUAUAUACCUAUAUAAUUCUAUUUGUACUUUUUCACAAUAGAAGAUAUCUACUUACCUAUUUUAAAAUAAACUUGGAUGUAAAUACA